AUGAGCAAAGUCCAGGGCGGCAUGAAAUGUGUCAAGUAUCUGCUCUUCGUCUUCAAUUUCAUCUUUUGGCUGUCGGGCCUCCUGGUGCUGGCGGUGGGACUCUGGCUCAGGUUUGACCCGGGGACGGUGGAGCUACUCACCGGAGAUGGCGCCCCAGACACCUUCUUUAUAGCGGUGUACAUUCUUCUGGGGGCCGGCGGUCUCAUGAUGGUGGUUGGAUUCUUUGGAUGUUUUGGAGCUUUGCGGGAGUCGCAGUGUCUUCUUGCUUCGUUUUUCGCCUGCCUUCUGAUCAUCUUUGGAGCCGAGAUCGCAGCCGGAGUGUUCGGUUUCAUGAACAAAGAACAGAUUGUGGAGGAGGUUCAGAAGUUUUACAGCAGCUCCGUCACUGACAACAACAACGUGAACGGCACCGCGAUAGCAAAGAUUUACCACAAAACGCUGGACUGCUGCGGCGGCUCCACACCUGAUCCAGCUCUGUGUCCGGAAGAAGAGGCCGACAAAAAGGAUUGUCUCACUGCCAUUUCGGAUUUUCUCAAUACAAAGCUACACGUUAUUGGCUACAUAGGCAUCGGCAUCGCUGGAGUGAUGAUGAUUGGCAUGAUCUUCAGCAUGGUCCUGUGCUGUGCCAUCCGGAACAGCAGGGAGGUCAUAUAA